AUGUGCCCUGGAGGCCGGCAUUCCUAUCAUCGAGAUUUCUCUAUCGGGAUAAGGGUGCGGGUAGGAAACCUAGCUGAACAAAUUCUCUUGAUUCUGGAGAGCCCUCUCCUGGGGCCAAGUCCUGGCAGGCAGCGGGCGAAGCUCGCCGGUCCCGUUCCGGGCUGCGUCCUCAGUCCCCGGCCGGGAGAGCCCCCCGCAGCCGCCGUCCGCGCAGGUGCCGGACGCCCGCGCGGCUCCGCUCCCCCGCGCAGAGCCUGGAAGCGACCACCGCGCCCGCACUCUCGAGCUGCGCGGCGGCCGCACGGCGCGGCUAGUCUGAGGGUGGUGGCUGAAGUCGGGCGCUUCCUGCCUUCCCGGCCGCCCGGGUGCCAGGCUCGCGCGGCGGGGCUCCGAGAUUCCCCCGCUCGCCCCGCCCCGCCCGCCGCCGCCCGCGCCCUGCACGGUGCGCGCAGCGUCCCCGCCCCCAGCCCCACGCCCCCACCCACUGUGGCCGUAGGGGGGCACCCCCACCGGGGCGGGAGGGUGGUCCGCGGUGGCCCGGUCGCCGAGUGGCGGAGAGGUGACGGUAACCGCCUUCCCAUUUCCGCCCGGCCGGCCGCUCAGCGGAGUGAGUGCGGCAGAGAACGCUCGGUCCUGCCUCCGCCCGCCCGCGCCGGGGGCUGGCCUUGCCUCGCCGGCGCCUUUUUCCCCCGCAGCGCGGCGCCGCUUCGCCACUCGGGCACCGCAGGUAGGGGCAGGAGGCUGGAGCGCCUGCUGCCCGCCGCCCGUAAGAUGGUCCCCUCGGCUGGACAGCUCUCCUUGUUCGCGCUGGGUCUCCUGUUGGCUGUGUGCCAGGCCCUGGAGAACAGCACGUCUGCCCUGAGUGAACCGCCUGUGGCUGCAGCUGUGGUGUCCCACUUUAAUGACUGCCCAGAUUCCCACAGUCAGUUCUGCUUCCAUGGAACCUGCAGGUUUUUGGUGCAGGAAGACAAGCCAGCAUGCGUCUGCCAUUCUGGGUAUGUGGGUGCGCGGUGUGAGCAUGCUGACCUCCUGGCCGUGGUGGCCGCCAGCCAGAAGAAGCAGGCCAUCACCGCCUUGGUGGUGGUCUCCAUCGUGGCCCUGGCUGUCCUCAUCAUCGCAUGUGUGCUGAUACACUGCUGCCAGGUCCGAAAACACUGUGAGUGGUGCCAGGCUCUCAUCUGCCGGCAUGAGAAGCCCAGCGCCCUGCUGAAGGGAAGGACUGCUUGCUGCCACUCCGAAACAGUGGUCUGAAGAGCCCAGAGGGAGUUUGGCCUGAUAGACUGUGGCAGCCUGAGGGAGAAAGGACUUCUUCAGGACCAGCUGGCUUCCUACUCUGCCAGCAAUCACCUGUGCAGCCUUUUUGUCUUUUGUGGGCCUUCCUUCACAACUCUGUCAAGAACUCUGUCUGCUUGGGGUUAUUUGGUGUGACCUAGAGAAGAAAUCAGUGGAUCACGGUUUCAAGACUGGUCAAAAAAGAAUUGCAAAGGGGUGGACUUCCUGUUGACCUCAUAAAGUGUGUGCGUCUGCCGGCCUCGGAGCCCAGAGACGUGUUGUCGUCUUCUGCCAGUCACCAAGGCCAGGCUGUGUUUCUUUUCCAUGGGCCCAUGUCCCCACAAUAGUAUCCAUCCUCCCCAACCCCAGAGAUUGCUGUCGUUGAGUUUUUUCUCAUCCGUUUAUUGGAGAAGAAGGUGGAAAAAGGGUAACUAUUGGUUACGGGAAGAUGUCAAAUGUGAGAGGAGCCGUGUAUGUCCUCUGCCCACGAGCCCCUCAGCCAAGCCUGACAUCUUCCACAGACACACAACGCCGAGGACCUUCCCAAGUCGUUGGCAGCCUCGGAGAUCAUUUCUUAUUUAUGAGAUGGAUGAUGGUUUCAUUUUUAAUCUCUUAAAUCGGUAUAAAAAGCAUAAAACCUUUUCAGACUUCUACACGAAUGAUGUAUGUAAUGCUGGCUGAAAAGUUAGCUGACUGAUUACAACCAUCUGGCCCCUUUGCGACAGCUAAGGCUUGGGAAGAGCCCCCCGGGGGUGCAGAGUUGGAAACAGAGGAGGAGUUGCUGAUGAGAGCAAAGACUGGGGCUCACAGGUCUUGCAUUUAAGACACAAAGCAAGGAAAGACCCUCAGAUACAUUCCAGUAGAAAAGCUAGCCAGUCCAGCAGCAAAGAUUUGUAGCUUUGUGGGGAGAGAGGAAGAGAGUGCCUGUGUGUGCAUCUCCUCAGGACGAACACAGGACUACCCAGCUCCACGAUUAGACAGAUUAACUACAUAGUGUUCCCUCCAUAUGUUUAGAAAUAGAGCACAAGUGGAGAGCCACGGGCCUUCCGGGCCACAUCCACAAAAAGGGGGCUGGUCAUUUACUUUCCAUGUUGUUGUUCGGUUGAUUUGUGGAUUUAUUUUUAAAAGGAGAAAUUUAACCUUCCUAUUUAUUUUCUAGCAUUAGGAGAAAUGUCCCCGUGAUUUUUUUUUUCUCUUUUCCAUUCAGGAUGCUGGUUUUAUUAACAAAAACUCUAACAAGUCACCUCUACAGGGUGGGUCUUGCUUUCCCCUUAGAGAAGGAGAAAUGUUUUCAUGGGCUUCUGGGUAUGUUCCGACCCACUGGGCUUGCCUAUGGGAAACACUGGUUCCCUCCAGGUAAACAGCAGAGAGCUCAGCCCUAGAAAUUUUUGUUAAAAACUGUAAACAGAAUAACAGUGAAAUAGUACGUGAAGUCCUUAUGAAAGGGAACUCUUUAUUCACUAAUAUUUGAAAAAUGAAAAAUCUCUACCUAUUAGUGUGUCUGGCCUCACCCGUCACGAAAGAGACCUUUAAAA